GGCGUUCCUCGAUCCACUCCGCUAGUCGGUACUCCGGUCCAGUAGCUCUCCGACAUCGCUCGGUGUUGAAUGUCGCACUCGUUGCGAGAACUUAUCGUUACACAUACGACGAUUCAUUAGUUUUCCCAGUAAGAAAACCAAGUGAAAUAAAAGUUCGUGUGGACGAGUUAUUUAAUGGGAUUUGGCACAAGUGUUUAGAACGGAGAUUGUCUUUGGAUAUCGAACACUAAGCGCCAUCGGCAACAAGGAGAGCCGUAGCAGCGGUGAUGCUGCACCUCCUCAGGACCGUCGCGAGAAGAAUGAUCCCGCCGACAUGAACAGGGAAAACGUGUCUAAUAAGAUAGCGGCCGGAAUGGACCGCUGGCAGAACACGCUCGAGGAUAUGAUCAACCUCCGAUCCUCCAAUAAUCAAGUGUUCAAAGACAAUUACUGGGCGCAAAACGGCUUUGAUGAGUUGAGGCGCUAUGUAAAACAAGGCAGCGACUUCAGCAAAGAAUUAGCAUCAAUUUUACAAGAAAGGGUUGAAGCAGAAAAUUACUAUUCGAAAUGUUUAGCAAAACUUGGAACAAAACUGAGCAAGGCGUGCAAAGAGAGCGUCGGCUCAUGCGCCGAAGCGUGGAAGCAUGUCGCUUUAGAAAUGGAGAAACAAUCAGAAAUUCACAGGAAUUACUCAAAUUCUCUGGCCGAAGAACUAGUAAAACCAAUGAAACAUGUUACAGAUUGCCAAUUAAAACUUAGGAAAAAGAUCGAAGGUAACGUCGACAAAACUACGCGAGCUCUCACUGAAUGGAGGACAGUUGAAGCUAAAUCCAAGAAACAAUCUCAUGCUGCUGCAAGAGAAAAUGAAAAAUUACAAGAUGCCACAUUGGAUAUGAGCCGAAUAUCACGAAGUUCAAGCGUGGGACACAUUCCACAUUCCAUCCUCAGCGCGGCGAGAGCGGAACGACUCACCAACUCAACGAGUGAAAAGGACGCUGCUAAACUACAAGUGAAAAAGAGGAAGACAGAAGACGCUGUCAAGAAGACUGAAGUGGAAUAUUACAACGUUUGUGUUCAUGCAGAACGCGCUAGGUUAGAAUGGGAGUCGAGCGUUGUAAAGGGUGCCGGCAUGUUGGAGUCUCUUGAGGAAGAGAGAUUGGCCCAGCUGAAAGCAUCUGCCGAUUGUUAUUUACGAUUAUCAGCGGCAGUGCCUCCACAGUUAGCUGAUGCAACAAACACUCUAGUGGCGCCAAUUAAAAAUGCGAACGCCAACGUGGACAUGCGUGUAGUUCGAGGGGUGCGAUCUGUUCCCGCAGGCGCGAGUGAACAGCUCCUGCCAGACUUCUACUGCGAGCACACAACCCUCGCGAUGAACAGAGAAAGACGUAAACAGGCCCUAAUAAAGAUUCUGCAGUUAGUAAAACAAGAUAUAGACCGCGAAAGGAAAUCCAAGCAGGGCCUCGAGAAGUUAUCCAUGGCCAUGAAGCAAACGCCUACUUUUGGAAGUGAUGACUCACAACAGAAUGUAGCCGACAAACUUUACCACGUAAGAUCCAUGCUAACUUAUUUGGAAGCCGUAAGAUUCAAGAUUUCAACCAGUCUAAGCGAACUGGAUAACAGGCCGCCCGUGAAACAUCCUCUUGCGACGCACAUACAGAUUGUCAGAGACAAGCAAGGUCUGCAACAGAGCAUACUUAAGGUUCCACCGUGGUUACAAGCUGACUACCAAAGUGAAGUGAAUAAAAACCUACAGCCGAACUAUACCGCAUUAACGAAGAGCAUAAACGGCGGUGGCGAGGAGAGGGAGAGGCGUGACUCUAUCAUGAGUAGGGCCUCGAGCAAACUGAGAAUAGAACAUCUGUCGUUCAGAAGAAAUACUGACAACAAGAGUGCACCGGUGACACCUGUUAUCCCAGAUCUACCCACAAUACCUGCGCCUCUAGUGAAAUCUCAAUCAAUUGAAGCACCACAGCCUCCGGAGAGUCCCUUGGACUGGAGUGAACGGGGCGCUGGUGAUGGGCUGUCUAACCAGCAGGAUAGUGACUUCGAUGAAUUCUCAUCACAGAGUGACAGCUCGGCGGAUCUGACUGACAUAAUUAAGAAUGAAACGAAUGAUGCGCCGGCGCCUAACCCGUCCAUAGGCAAAUGUCGCGCCCUCUACACGUACGAGGCGAGGCUGAACGACGAGCUUACUUUGACUCCUGGAGAUAUAAUAAAUAUCCACGAUAAGCAAGACGACGGCUGGUGGAGCGGAGACCUCAACGGUUGCUACGGAAUAUUCCCUUCCUCUUACGUGGAAGAGAUCACGACAUGCAUAUGAACAUAGUCUACACUAGGUUAUUUUAUACUUUAUAAAUACGUUCAGAAGGAAUCAGUCAUUUAUAAUUAAGUGUUAAAUAGAUAUUUAAUUGGCAUUAUUUUCUAUAUAUCCUUAAAAUUUAUAAAAAAAAGCGAAUGAGUUGCCAAUCUGAGAGUAUGUUGACGUUAUUGAAUACCUAUUUUCACUUUUAUAAUUUGCUGCAGUAUGAUAAUAUUAUAUUAUAUCGUGAUAAUAAAAUCUCACUAUAUGCAAUUGUAUGGAAUCACUUUGAAUUUUUUCUCAUCAAGUAUUGUUGAGUUUCUUUUAUUUCUUCUCAACAAGUAACAACAAUUCGAGCCUAGCGAUAAAAUGCAGUAGAAUAAAAGUGAUUAUUUGUGCUUCUAAACAAGCCUAUUAAAAAAUAUAUAUAUAUAUUUAUAUUCUAUUCACCCCGAUCGCGGUUAUGUACGGAACAAUGAAAGGGUCUCCAUACAAUUAUACUGUCUCUCUCUCUCUCUCUCCUUAUAUCGUAACUGUAAAAUCGUACGAUAUUGUGGCAUAUUACAACAAAUUAUAAAAGUGACCACUAACCUCGGGAAUUUCGAUAACAUAUAAAACGAUUCAUUAAUCAAAUAAUUGUAAAUAAAAUUAAUAUUAUAUUCAUACUAUUCACUUUGAGAUGUAUUUAAUUUGGAUAAUCGUUAAACAAUUAUAGGAUCAAGAAAUGUAUUUCUAUACGAAAGCCAUUUAAAAAUGUAUAAUGAGUAGGUAUAAUGAAAAUUCAUGUUUUUCGUAAUAAUAAUAAUAAUUAUAUAGCAACAGAAUGAAUUGAUAUUAAUAAUUCUAAUACUGUUCUUUGUAAGAUUAUGGAUCUUAAAUGGAAGCUGAAUUGAAUUAGCCUUAGGGUUAGCACUCGGGGAGAAUAUUUGAAGCAUGAAACAAAAAUCAAAGACUGCAAGUGAGGUUUGAUAGCAGGUUCUUAAAUAUAGUUGAAUGAAAAAACAACUGCCACCUUUUACUGUUUUGAUAACUUUAUUUAGUUGUAAAGAAAGCAAAACUAGACAACUUUAGAUACUUUUAUAUCAUACGUAUGUUUGAAAAGAUUUAAUUUCUUGUUUUGAUUUUGCAUUUCAAAUAAGUCGCAAGAAAUAAUAUGUACCUAGAUCUAUAAAAAAGUGGCUCCUAAAUAAAUUUGUAAUUAAUAAAUGUAUUUUGUAUUUUAGAAGAAAAAUUUUAAGACUAUACAAAACAUAAAAUGGUGCUUCUUUAAAAACACAGGUAUACGGAUUUAGUAUAUUUUUUCUUAUACUAAUUAGGUAUAUUCUGUGCAUACCUAUCUAAUUAAUAGGUACGUUUCCAAUUAAUAAAUUGUAGUAUUUAUUUGAAUACGUUUAAGAUCGAUUUUAGUUUGGGUUGUAGCCGCUGGUGAUUGCUAUAUAAAUAUCCCAUUAUAAUAUUUAGGGUUGCUCGAAAAAAAAUCCUAAAUUUAGAUAACUGAAAAGGCAACCGGUAGCUAGAAACUAUAUAUAAUUGAUUCUGUAAAUUUAUUGUAAAAACUAUAUAAGUAUAUUAUAUUUUCUACAUUUUUUGGUCAACACAAUCGUUUACUUGAACUCAUUUUUUUAUUUACUUAAUAUUUAUAUCUUUUUAUUUAUUAGAUUAAAUAAAAAAGAAAUAAUAAUAGGUAUGCACAAAUGCCUUUUAAAUUAAAUAUUAGUAUAUGUCAUUAAUAUAUUUAAUCGAAAAAUGUUAACUAUUCAUAUAAAAUUUUGGACAGCAUGAGUUCUCGAAUAUUUAUAAUAACGUUAUUAUCUAUAAUUUAUAACAAAGUAUACACAUGAGAUCCCAAUUAUAUAUCACAAUAUAAUACUAAUUAAAUUCCAUUCUCGAGGAGUUAUAAAUAUUUUUAAUACCCCAAAAAUACUUGUUAUAAGAGAGUCGGAUCUAUGAAUUAAUGUGUAUAAUAUUCUGCACUAUUUAUGUUAAAGAAAUCAACGUAAUUAUAAUUUAAAUUACCUACAUAAGAUUUAUAAUAUAAUAGGUAUUUAAUAGAAAUGUUGAUUGCAAAGAUGUAAUUAAUAACAAAAACAUGUAAAUUAUUAAAAAUAUAACGUUAAACCAAAGUGUUGUUUAAUAACAAAUA